GCCCGAGACGCCGUCGAGUGCACACCGCUUGCACAAGCCCCAAGCACCAGCGUCCCCGGCGUCUAAUCCACGACACCAGUCCUCCAAACGUUCCAUUUUGCUCUACGAACGUCCCAAACAAAAGGAGGAGAGGGGAAGAGAGAACAUGUGUGUGCUGUUGGAGAACACAGCUGUUUUGUGAAGCUCACAGCACAGUCUGGGCGAAGACUAACUUCAUGCAGUAACUAUGACGUCUAACUGAGGCGUUGAUUAGUGACGUCAAACUGCUGCAAGAUACAUUUGGGAGGCUGUCAUCUCUCUGACGUCUCCCACGGGGCAUCCCUGUUAAUCUGACCUCAUCUCGCCUGUCAACAGUCGCUUACUAACUGAUGUCAAAGUCCUACAAAUGUACUAAGUUUCCCCAGUUCGCCUUAACUGUCUUCGACGGACGCUGUCUCUCCCGUCUUCUCAUUGAGUACGAACUCACCCUCAGUGCACGUACCGUCUGGCCCCGUCCACACUGACGGUCCUGUCCACACUGACGGUCUUGUGUGCUCCAUAAGCUGAGCAAAUAUUAGCGUCGGGAUUAAGCCUGAGCGCUGAGCCUUGCUUGUGUACUCAUCGUGAUAGACUCACUGUCUGCUUGGUGGAUAUGAAGAUGAGGAGCAGGAGUGUGGCUACCAUCCUGGUGUGUCUGGCAGCCUUGACGCCGCUGUCAGAGGGCCUGUGGUGUUACCAGUGCGGGACGCUGAGUGAGGGAAUGUCCACAGUGAACCCUUGCUUCGGUAUCAAGCCAGACGACUACACACUAUGUCCCGCUGGCAGCAAUCACUGCAAGCGUUACAGCAACGAGGGCGUCCUGGUGCUGGCUUGUGUUGACCACUGUGUUGAGAGUCACAGGCAGACGACGGACAUCACCUGUUGCAACACCGACGGCUGCAACGCUGCAGGGGUGAUGGGGCUCUCCACCACCCUCCUGCUGGUGUGUGUCGGGGCGCUGGGUGCACUGGGGCUCUUGGACACCAGCGCACACUAGCACAGCCUCGCUACAGCUCCGUCGUCGUCGUCGUUACCUCCUGCUGGAGUUCCGUUGUCUCCUGCUGGAGUUCCGUUGUCUCCUGCUGGAGUUCCGUUGUCUCCUGCUGGAGUUUAUCACCCCCUCCCUCCCUCCCCCUCCCCCCAAGCCUGCAACACAUACAUGAGGCCUUGGUUACUACCCCCUUCAUCUACUGCUGCUGUUACUGUCUCUUGCGUUAGCAUAUAAUGCUAUUAGUCUCUUAUUCGUUAUCUACUGCUAAUGCUCUCUCAUCUGUUAUCAUUUAAUGCUAUCAGUCUCUUAUGCGUUAUUAUCUACUGCUAUUAUUCUUUCCAUGCGUUAACAUUUAAUGCUAUCCAUCUCUUAUUCGUUAUCAUAUACUUUCUCUUUUAUGCGUUACCAUCUUCCAUUUGUUUAUCAAACUGCGUCGCUUUCUUGUUUCUCUUUCUUUUGUUUGCUUCAGAUGGUCAGCUCGCCUCUGCUACUUACCUAAAGCAGUUUUACCUUCUUCUCUUAGUUAUUUUCCCACUUAUAUUACC